AAAGCGCUCUCUGCUGCAGAGUUGGGCUAUGAACUUUCUGCCACUGCCAGUUCUUUUUUUUUCUGCUACAGUUUUUGUUGUAUAAGUUAACUUUCAGCACCACGAUGAACACUAGAAGGGGAGCUUUGAAUCCUGUGCCACCAAAGGUCAGCAAGGCUUCCACUCCUGCUGAGGAGAAAGAGCAAAUUGCUCCUACAAUCAAACAUGAGUUGGCCAUGGUCAAACUUCAGCUGGAAGCUGAGAGAGAGCGAGGAAGACUCCGAGAAGAAACCAUAGCAAUGCUGAAGUCCGACAAAGAUUAUUUGCAGCGUGAAUUGGCCAGCAAGGCUGAAAUGUUGCGGGAACUUGUAAAAUCUGGCAGCAGAUCAGAUCAGCCAUCGUCUAGUUCAGCAGAGUCUUCCAAGAUGGAAAAAAAGAUGAAAAGAGUCUUCAUCUCAGAUGAAGAAUCCGACAUUGCCUCAGUCGUAGCCACUGACUCCCCAUUGUCCGAUUCGUCUUUUGAGGAAGACACCAAGGCAAAGAAAAAACUCAAGAAGAGAUCCCCUAAGCUGGGUGGAAGCCCAAAACCAGAGAUGAGUCGCGUUCGAGUGAAAAACAUCAGAGACAUCAUCAAAAGGUAUAAGGCAGUACUCAAGAGGUACAGUGAGGGGGGAUCGAUGAAGACUGCAUUCGAAGAAGUUGGUGUAGAUCGCAACACUAUUGCCAGAACGGCAGUUGUCGCAGAGCUCUGCCUCGCAGCCCCGGAAGCUUUCAGUGCACUUGACCGGUGGAAUGACAAGAUUGAGAAGCUGUCCGCAUUUGUGGACAGAUGCCGUGCGGCUGUUACCACCGAGAUUAAAGAGCAGAUAAACAGAAUGAAAGAGGAUGGUAUCUUGUUACCUAUUGCGCAUUGAAUGUGCCA